GAUAUGAUGAAAAUGUUUCAGAACUACAACUUUCCUCUGCAAACUACUGCCACUGCGCGUCGAGUGCGUCGCGACGAUUAUUGUUGUUAUUUCUCAAUGCGUCAGCGGCGUUACCAAGACGUGGGACUGUGGCACACUGGCAACUAAACUUCUAGAAAAGUUUUGGGGACGAGCUACUCUUUCACCUACUUUGUGUUUUUCUCCCAAACGUCUAGAGCGCGCGUUGGAGGAAGGAAGGAUGGAAAUAAUUCAGAUUUGAAGCGAAGGAGUUGUCAUGUUUGAAAGUGCCGAGGGGUGAGGACAAGGAGGAACUGGUACUCGUGCGCGCGUGUUCCUGAAAGAGGACUGUCCCAUGUCCAAGGAGACCGUGCGUCCACCGGAUGGGCCAGAUGGGCCGGGACAGGGCCCACAGCUGGAGACAAAACCUCUGCUGUCCACUGCACACGAUGUCUCUGACGUAGAAUCAACUGGAAGAAGCCCGUCGUUGCGGAUACCACCCACUGAAGGUCAUGUGACGGAGGAGAGGACCAAUCACUGCGAACCUAUUAGAACUCAGCCUCAAUCUGAACGCCAGCCGUCGACAGAAGCUGCUCAGAAAGAUGAGACCCAGGACCAAAAAGAGUUUCGCCAAAACAGCGUCGACUCCACCACCCUGAGUAACGGCAAUGGAAUUCACUCUGGACAGAAUGGGACAGGGGGUGGGCGCAUGUGCACGUGUGGGGCCAACAUCAAUCGAAAUGGCACAGUGGCAGGGUCAGGAGGUCGUACAGCGAUGGUUCACUCAUCCACCAUGACGGAGCAGCCUCGCCCCUCCUCUGCCUCUGUGUCCCACAAGAUGCACAAGAAGCUCCGGUCCAGUCUGUCGGUGAACAGUGACAGCAGCCGCCGCAGUAAAGCCAGUUCAAGCAGCUCGCACAAGCCUCCUCUGCCUGAAGACUGCUGCGUGCACUGCAUCCUGGCCUGUCUCUUCUGUGAGUUCCUGACCCUGUGUAACAUGGUGGUGGCCCAGGCCUCCUGUGGCACGUGCACUUCAGAGGCGUGCUGCUGCUGCUGCCAUGGCGACGAGCUGGGCGACGACUGUAACUGCCCCUGUGACAUGGACUGUGGCAUCAUGGACGCCUGCUGCGAGUCCUCCGACUGCCUGGAGAUCUGCAUGGAGUGCUGUGGAAUCUGCUUCCCCACAUAGACUCUGAGAGGAGAGAGAUGGGACAGUGAGGACUCUGGUCACUUAUAAAACAGUGAAGAGGCUUAAUCAAAAGUGACUGGAAAAUUGAAGAUGGACUAACGAUUCUGUGCUUCUCAAAUACACCAGAUGGACUCGAAAUCUACAAAACUACUACACAUUUCCCGUAAUAACUUGGCUUGUCAUGAUAACACACACUGAAGACAUAUAUUUGAACAAAAUGUUGCGAUAAAUGUUAAUAUGGAAAGGACUUCAUACAGAUCCCAGUAUUCCUUUUUAAUGAACAAUAUGAUAAAAAGCUAGAGUUGUAGUACAUGAAUGGCAGAAUGGAUCACUUUAAUACUUUGUUAGUUUUUGUAAUGAGUUAUUGAAGUUACUUAUUCUACAGCUCUGAUCUAAUCACACUACAAAAAAGUGCAAAGAAAAGAUACAUGCUGUAAAUACUGAGUCUCAACAGUGAACCAUAAAUCAGUAUAUUCAUUAUAGUGACAGGCCUAAUAAUAAUUUGAACUCUACUGACCUCCUACACACCCAAAGCCUCAUUAAGUUAAAUGCUACUAAAACCAAACACACAAACACAAUAUAUUGAUGAUGAUACAUUGGGGAGAUGUACAGUAUGUGACCCGAUAUCAGUAUGCUGUACUGGCAAUGGGAAAACAAACACCUACCAUGUGUUUAGUGUUUUUUUUCUGAAGUAGUGGUGCAUUAUUCUUAAACCUUCAGGACGAAAGUAUAUGAUGAGGUCUGCCUUUGGGCGUAAGACUGAAGAUUAUGCAGACAGAAGAGAGAGAAAACAAUAGAGAAGCAUGUUUUCAGUUUAUUUUGUGAAAAAGUAUUACUUUUAAAUAGCUAUGUUUAACAGGAAAUCUAACUAUAUUGUAAUAGUUUUUGUUUUAUAUUUGUAGGUCUGAUAUGUACACUUAACAUAGCCUACUCGUCCUUUUCACUUUAAUGGAUCUUCUUUCACUUGAAGAUGACUUUACAACACUGUAGUUUUAUAGGGCUUGGGGAGUUUUUAAACCACCUGUCAUAAAGCAGGAACUUGCUCUUAACAUUUUAAAAACAAAAUCUCAAAAUUAAAAUACGUUUAAACUAGGGGUGUAACAAAUAAUUGAAAUAUUGACCCUCACAAUAUAUCGAAUUACAAGUCUCUUUGCUUAAAUUAAGAGUUAGGGUGCAGCAAUAGCUAAAAAAAAGACAGAAGGGACUGCAUAGACCAUGAUCCUUUGCUCCAUUUCAGUGCAGACUACAUGAAGAAAUAACAGUUCUAAACACUUUUGAGUCUUAGUUCCUUGGAUUUUAUUAAUAGUUUUGUUAGCUCUGCAAAAUAUCACAAUAAAUAUCGUACUGUGAGAUGUAUAUCGUGAAAAUAUCGAGAUUUGGAUUUUGUUACAUCCCUAAUCGUGAGCCUUCCCACCAUAUCGUGAGCUUACCCACGAUAUCGCAAUAAAUAUCGUAGCCUGAGGUUCUUUCCAUGAUGAUAUCGUAUCGUCAGACUUGGAUAUCAUUACACCCCUAGUUUAAACGUAAUACUAUGAUCAAAAAACUUUUUAUGACUGGUGGUCUAAUACUUGUUUCUGAGCUCUGUAUGUGAUACUUAGAUGAAAUCAUAUACAAUAGAAUAGAGAUUAUCUUACACAAUCUGUUAUAGCACUGUAGAACAAACUUGUGAAAUGUCAAUCAGGGCAAAGUAGAAAGAUCUCACUUUUUUCUUGAAUACUUUCGUUGCAGUCUUUUAUAGGAUUUUGGAAUAUUUGUUUAUUUUAGGAUUGUUUUACACAGUUUUUAGCAGUAAAAAAUAGGAGGUGGAAUGAGUUGAUAAUGUACAAUAUGUGUACUUACACUAGGAAGUAUCAGGCUAGUCUCUUACAAACCAUGAUAUUUAAAGGUGCAUUGUGUAACUUUUCUGGUGGAAAGCCCAUCAGAUGCUUUUCUCCAUGAUGAUAUUGCUUUGUCUGGAAUGUUUCACAGUAUAAUAUUAAGCAUUUCUAUCUUCAUGAAGACCAAACCAGGCCAAGUUACAGGUCAGAUCUGUGGAAAGGGAUCCCCACUCACAGUCAGAAUGCCUGUAUUUAUAGGUAUGUUUGAGCUAUUAAACUACCUGUAAUUUAAUAAAUGUAAGGUAGAACUGUUUAAUGUCAUACUGUGGAACAUUCCAGGCAGAGCAAUGACAUCUCCAUAGAGACAAGUAGGUGAUGGACCCUCAGUCAAAAAGUUACACAGUGCAUCUUUAAAUCAAAACUGCACUCAAAACAUGACGGAUUCAUCUCUUGCUAUAAAUCAGUUCUCAAACUGGAAAAAAAACAACACAAAUAUUUUUACAACAGUUUUGCAGUAUUAUUGAGUACUUAAUGCAUUUGUAUCUAUACUUGUGACUUGCUGGACUGCACUCUGUAACUGAUGGCGUGUUGGGAAUCAAAACAUUAUGGUUAGUUGCUUCAUAAGUGGAUCUGACCAUGAGUCAAUUCAGAGGAAUCAGAGAGUCACAUGGGUCAGUUCCUGUUCUUGUGAUCCUCUUUUUUUUUAUGUGCAUAAGUUUAUUUUUAAUACUGGCCUCAUUAGCUGAUUGUCUAAACUCCCGUUAUUAACACAUCUACUGUCACACGUCAUAUACACUCUUGGCUAAGAAUUAGACUUUUACUGUAGGUUUAGGAGAUAAGGUUAGGGAAUAGGCUCCAAUCAUGAUGUGCUGAACAUUUUCUGAACAAAACUCAUUUUCUGAUUAGUUAACCGCUGUUUCACUGGUUGUAAUGGUUCAAACAGAUAAUGUGAAGACUUUAUCCAAAAAACAAUAAUACUACAAUAAUUCUACAGUGACCCGGUUAUUAUAAUGUUAUUCAGAGACUCAUUCUUUCUAGAUUAAAAAAAAAAAAAAAAAAGUGUAAAAAAAUGUGUACAUUACAUGCAAUAAAAAAUCCAAAUAAAUGAAUUUUGAAGAACAGAA